CUGUGUGCCGCGCAUACACGCUGGGCACCAUAGCCAUGGUUCAGUGGUACAUCUGUGUUGUGGCACUGCUGUUGAGCACCGUCCGGGGAUGGAGUGCUGUGCCGCGGAAAACAGUGCGCUAUUCUGGAGUGUCGGAAGUGCGCCAGGCCUGGCACAGCGGCAUCUCUCACUUCAUGACACUGACACUGGAUGAGAGUCGGGGGGCGCUCUACGUGGGGGCGCGAGAAGUCAUAUUCAGCCUGGACCUCAAUAACAUCGGCAAGGAACUGAGGCCUCCGAUUAUUUGGGAAGCUCCAGGGGACAAGAAAGCAGAAUGCGCCCAAAAAGGGAAAAACAAUCAGACUGAAUGUUUUAACUACAUCCGGUUCCUGCAAGAAUAUAAUCAGACGCAUCUGAUCACCUGCGGCACCUAUGCUUUCCAGCCCAAGUGCGCAUAUAUCGAGCUAGCGGGAUUCACUUUGGAUUCUGUUAAUUUGGAAGACGGGAGGGGGAAGUGUCCCUACGACCCAAAUAAAGGCCACACUGGGAUAAUUGUAGAUGGGGCUCUUUACUCAGCCACCCUGAAUAACUUCCUGGGGACAGAACCGGUGAUUCUACGCAAUGUGGGCCAGCACGUUAUGAAGACAGAGUAUCUGGCAUCUUGGUUAAAUGAACCAAACUUUGUGGGCUCUGCUCACAUCCCAGAGAGUGUGGACAGCGAUUUUGGCGACGAUGACAAAAUCUAUUUCUUCUUUACCGAGCGUGCUUUGGAAAAUGACUGCUCCAGCGAGCAAGUGGUGUCUCGCGUGGCACGCGUCUGCAAGGGGGAUGUUGGUGGAGCGCGUACCCUGCAGAGAAAGUGGACAAGUUUCUUGAAGGCGCGACUGCUGUGCUCUAUUCCAGACGUGCAGCUGAACUUUAACCUUUUGCAGUCUGUGUUCACGCUUCCUGGUGACCAUUGGCAAUCUACCCAGUUCUAUGCUGCUUUCCAGGCUCGCUGGGGCGAUAUUGCCGUCUCGGCAGUUUGUCAGUACUCAAUCCAGGAUGUUCAGCGGGUGUUUGACGGACCUUACAAGGAGUACAGAGAGCAGGCCCAGAAGUGGGGGAGAUAUUCCGACUCUGUGCCCAGUCCCAGGCCUGGAGCGUGUAUCACGGAUUUUCACAGACGGCAUGGGAUGACCAGCUCCCUGGAGCUUCCUGAUAACACACUUAAUUUUGCCAAGAAGCACCCGCUAAUGGAUGAGAUUGUCAAGCCAACGCUCGGCAGGCCUCUGCUCAUUCGGAAAGGAAUCAACUUCACUACAUUAGCUGUGCACAGAACAGAAGCGCUGGAUGGGGAAUUAUACGAAGUCUUCUUCAUUGGAACAGGAAACGGCUGGGUUAAUAAAGCUGUCGGGUUGGGUUCCUCUGUCCACGUAAUUGAAGAGCUUCAAGUAUUUGACAAGUCCUUUCCUGUGCACAGCUUAGUCCUUUCCCCUCACAAGUCUCUCUUAUUUGUUGGAUCCCUGGCCGGUCUAGUCCAGCUUCCAUUUGCAGACUGCAGUAAAUAUCGGUCCUGUGCCGACUGCAUACUCGCCCGAGACCCUUUCUGUGCGUGGAGUAUUAACAGCAGCCGCUGUGUGAGGGCCGAUGAGCGCUACCGAUCUCUGCUUCUUCAAGAUGUUCAGAACUCUGACAUUUCCAUGUGUGAGGUUCAAUACACAAAAUCUGUGAAACCCUCCAUGAGAAACAUCACAGUGGCCAUUGGCACCAAUGUGGUUCUCCCUUGCCAGCUGACUUCCAAUCUGGCACAGCCCAUUUGGACCUUCAACGGACAAGAGCUUUUCCAGGAGGAGAAUGACUCUGUACUGUACGACCUCACGCUACAGGCGCUGGUGAUCUUAGGGGUGGGAGCCCAGCACUCCGGCUCAUACUUCUGCUACUCCGAGGAACAAGGUGCUCGCUUUGCUGUGGAGAGCUACCAGAUAUCCGUUGUGGCUGCCCCUUCUCUUACCCUGGAGUCUCGUGCCCCCAUGGAUGGUCUGGGCCUGGUGUGGAUGAUGGUAAUAGCACUUGGGGCGGUUUGCUUGGCUCUCUUUCUGGCUGUUGUUUAUUUACGUAGAAAGUUACAAGAUGAGCUGGAUAAAGGCUCAAAAUCAAUGGAGAAUACCUUGGUCUAUCCCAUCCAGCUGCCUUCGCAACCUAAGAUCCCAAAGUGUCUGCCCAGUGCUGACUCGGAUGAGAAGUUAUGGGAUCCCUCAUCUUUUUACUAUUCUGAUGGGUCCCUUAAAAUUGUACCGGGCCAUGCAUUGUGUCAAAACAGCACCAGUUCAUCGUCUCCUUCUGGAAAUGGGAUCCCUGGCCAGCCCCUGCCUUCUCCACCUCUUCAUUCUCCUAACCACAUGCUCUUGGCAGGAGUUAGGGGCUCCAAUAGCAAUGGCUAUAUUCGUCUGACAUUGGGUGGGGGUGUAGGAGAAGAGCACCCCCCGCUGGGUGAACUUAAUGAGGAGCUGCGAUGGAAACUGAAGCAGAGACAGGCGUUACCGGACUCCAAUCCUGAAGAAUCCUCUGUCUGACGCCCCAUUUUGCCUCCUGCACCAUUUGCACUGGCUUCAUAUAUGUGUAAUUCUUUAAUUUUUUUUGUUUUACUACCUCAGGGACUUGGAGGUGUUGUGGAGGGAUACAGCCAAAAUUUCCUACUCCCCUCCCCAGCUACCAACUUUUACUGACUUCUGUUGCCACAAAAACUUGCUCACGCUUUCAGAAAGUUUGUCUCUAAAGUUCAGUAUUCCUAACGUUAAAUUGAAAGUUUGAAGCGUUCCGAUUCCUGGCCGAAGUGAUUGGACCACCAUGAACCUCCUCUUUCUUGCUUAGGCCGCUGUCUGGAGCCUAAAAGGUCGUUGAGCAAUAAAACACGGAAGACUAUGUCGUGGGGCUUUUGUGCUUCGGGAUCUGUUUACAAAUACUAAUCAGAGGCAAUAGCUGAGUAACCUGUGACGUGGACCUUGCUGCUCUUUCCUGAUCUGAAUGCUUCAGAGGGCAGGGGUUUGUCCUUAAGAAGCAAAAACAAACGUUCUAACCUAGGACAGCCUGAGCCAGGACUUAACACUCCCAGCGACUCAGUACCUCCAAUUAAUAUAUUGAUUGUGGCCAAGAAGCUCCAACACCUGAUCUUUUACUAAAGCAGGGAUUUUUGGGGAGGCGACUACGCCUUCUGAACCUUUUCAAAGCCCCGGCUUCUAUUGUUUAGAACGCGAGACAGCCUUUCGCGUUUUCGAAUGCCUCUUUCACGUGAUGUUGAUGCAGCCCAGCCUGGUUGCUGAGUUCAUGUAAAUGUGUGUCCUUUUUUUGUUUUUUAUUUCUCAAGAUGCGAAGCAAGUCUUAUUUUAAUAUUUUUAAUAUUAUUUCUGGAUUAAUCCAGAAGCUGGGACAAUCCUUCUGGAAGGCUAAUUUUUUUUUUUUAUUUUAUUUUUUUUUAUUCUGUGACCGUUUAAAUUUUAACACUUCCGUAUCUGACACCACUUCACUAAAAGUUGUUAUCCACUAACUUUUUUUCCCAAGUUUAUCCACAUUUCCAAGAUUGAAUGAGUGACUUUUUUUUGCUAAACGAAAAGGGUUGUAUGGAUUAUCGUGGCUGCCAAAUGUCCGAGGUCUUGAUGUGAAUGUUGAGAGAGCCGAGUUCUGUACCCUCUCCUGUUUAUAACCAAACUGCCAUGGGCACUGCACGAUGAAAUCUUCCACUGUAUGUAGGAGUCCUCUUUCUGCCUCUGUCAUUCCUUUACACUUUUGUGACUGUAAUUUAUUUGAGUUAAAUAUAUUUAUUUGUUGUAAAUAAGUAUUUUUAUAUUGAAGAAAUAAAAAAACAUUUCAAGA